AGCAGAGAGGGAGGAAGUUUGCGGUGCCUUGAAGCAUCAUCGUGCAUGCAUAUUUUCGUCCCCAGCCAUCACCAAACUCAAUUCGUCUCUCUCUCUCUCUCUCUCUCUCUCUCUCUCUUCAUGAACUUCGCCGGCAAUCGACUCUGUUCCUCUGUCGGUUUCUAUAUUCCCGUCAUCGGAUUUGCGUCGUAGUCUCUUCAUUCAAGUCACCGGGAGGGUCCUCUUGAUUCAACGAUCCUCGCUACAUAUCCAGACGAGUCCGUUAGUUUUCGGCGGUGCUUGUCUCUUGCGUCGAUCGAUUGGAAUAUCUCCGGUGACUUUCUCCGACAGUAAGUUGCAGAGAAGCGAGUUCGUUGCUCUCCAUCGGGAAGUCUUCUGAGAUUCACAACAAGAAAACGACUCUCUCUGGAGAUCAAGAGACCGAGUACGUGGAUGCUUUUGGCUGCCUGUACACAUCGAUUGAUAUAUAUCAGGUGUCUUCCUCACCGAAUAAGUCGCGGAGAGUUGAAUCGAGGUGCUCGUUUGGUCAAUUAUGGAGUCCAAGGUUUGCAUGAACGCACAGUGCGGAGCGGCGUCGACGUCCGGCGAGUGGAGGAGAGGCUGGUCGACGCGAUCCGGCGAAUUAGUGCUGCUCUGCGACAAGUGUGGGUCUGCAUACGAGCAGUCCAUAUUCUGUGAUGUGUUCCACACAAACGAGUCUGGUUGGAGGGGUUGCAGUUCAUGUGACAAGCGUCUUCACUGUGGAUGCAUUGCUGCCAGAUUUAUGAUCGAGCUUCUAGAUAAUGGAGGUGUAAGCUGUAUAAGCUGCGCCAAGAAAUCUGGAAUACUUCCUGUGAAUGUCACUGAUGACUCCAAUGGAAUUGGCGUUCUGAAACUUGACAGUGUCGGAGAAUUGUGCUCACUUGCUGCUGUAGAGCACACAGGUGGCGCCGGUGCUUUCGAGAGGACAAACCUAAAGCAGUUGCUUCAGUUUCAAAGUAUUGGCCCCCGUCAUUCUGUUCUCCAAGUGAAACAGGAAGAGACACUGCUUCCUGCCAAGCUUGACGUUCUUAGACAGAAGGAUGAAGAGAAAGACAUGCACGAAUUAUCUGCACAACCAAAUUUAAGCAUUUCACUAGGGCCGUCGCUAAAACCAAGUCCAUUUCAUGAUGUUUUCAUUGAUGAAAGAGGUAAGACUACUUCCAUUUUCCAACUGGCACCAAGAUCCCGACAACUUCUUCCAAAACCUGCAAAAUCAGCACCCACUGCUGGCAUGGAGGCAAAUGGAAGCUUGGUAUCACAGAUUCAUGUUGCGAGGCCUCCUCCAGAGGGUAGGGGAAAGACACAAUUGCUUCCCCGUUAUUGGCCGAGGAUUACUGACCAAGAACUACAACAGAUAUCAGGACACUCGAAUUCCAAAAUCAUACCACUGUUUGAAAAAGUUCUGAGUGCAAGUGAUGCAGGCCGUAUAGGUCGUUUGGUUCUUCCAAAAGCAUGUGCCGAAGCUUAUUUUCCUUCUAUCACUCAACCUGAGGGCCUUCCUUUAAAGAUACACGACACAAAGGGCAAGGAGUGGGUCUUCCAGUUCAGAUUUUGGCCGAACAAUAACAGUAGGAUGUAUGUCCUGGAGGGCGUAACCCCUUGCAUACAGUCCAUGCAGUUGCAAGCUGGUGACACCGUAACAUUCAGCCGAACAGAGCCUGAAGGAAAACUCGUAAUGGGAUUUCGUAAAGCAACAAACUCUACAUUAUCACAGUCAUUCAAGGGAAGCAGUGACACCCAUCUAAGUGUGUUCAACAACUCUAAUUUGGCUUCUGGUGAUAUCAAUUGGCUUAAACUCGAGAAGCCCGACGACAUGACAAAGGAGAACUUGUUGCUUCAAUCGGUCCUGGUUCCAGCCAGAAAACGGGCUCGGAACAUUGGAUGUAAAAGCAAGAGACUGCUCAUUGAUAGUCUAGAUGCCUUAGAACUGAGACUUACAUGGGAAGAGGCUCAGGAGCUGCUCCGCCCAUCCCCAUCUGCCAUACCAAGCAUUGUUACCAUAGAAGAUCAUGAUUUUGAAGAAUAUGAGGAGCCACCUGUAUUUGGGAAGAGAAGCCUUUUUGUUUCACGCCCAACUGGGGAAUAUGAGCAAUGGGCGCAAUGCGAUGCCUGCGGUAAAUGGCGGAGGCUGCCGGUGGAGACUCUUCUUCCCCCAAAGUGGUCAUGCACUGAUAACAUAUCAGAUCCUGGCAGGUCAUCAUGUUCUGCUCCUGAUGAACUCUCCCCGAGAGAACAGGAAACGCUCAUUCGGCUAAGCAAAGAGUACAAAAGGAAGAGGAUGGCAUCGUCAAAUGAAAAACUAAAUCAGGAGAAGGAGACAUCAUCAGCGUUGGAGACAUUGGCGAAUGCAGCAGCAGUAACCAACGGAGAGAGUGCAGGGGAAGGAGGGGUUAUAACAGUUGCAGCAACGACCAAGCACCCAAGACACAGGCCAGGAUGCUCGUGCAUAGUGUGUAGCCAGCCACCAAGCGGAAAAGGCAAACACAAGCCAUCAUGCACAUGCACAGUAUGCGAGGCAGUCAAAAGGAGGUUCAAGACUCUAAUGAUGAGGAAGCGGAAGAACCAGACAACAAUGACAACAAAGGAGGAGGAGGGAGAGACGGGUCAGGCGAGCCAGCAGACUAUAUCAGAAUCAAGAGAUGAAACAGAGGUGGAGAGCCGCCCUAAGAAUGAGGAAUUGAUGGUGACUCCAGGUGGAGGUGGGAAUAUAGACUUGAACUACAACCCGGGUUCCAAAGAAGGCCCAGCUCGAGUGAGCAUGAUGAGCCUUCUGCAGGCGGCCACCUUCCCAUUGGAAUCCUAUCUUAAACAAAAGAAUGUUACCUCUGCUGGGGAGCAGCAGCAAACUGUUGAAAUGGUGAGCAUGGAACUUGGUUCUACUAGUUCUGCCGCUCACGACCUCACGAGCUGACGCAAUUGACAUGGACAUGCUCAUGACAACCUUAUCUAUCUAUCUGUCUUGUUUUUUUUUUUUCCCUUCAAGAGGUUUGUUUGUCGGUUUGACACGCCAAAUGUCCCGAAUGGUGGUAUGCAUCCCUCUGUAUUAUUGAUUCAGUUGGAUUCAUUUCCAUUCUGGACGUUUGGCUUUUGUAGAAAUGAGUAAUGUGUCGGCUUGUCCUUUUUCCUUUUUUCCUUUCUUUGGGUUUGUGUUCCGUUCGUGGGUGGAGAGAGAGAAUACCGGAAGUAAUAAAGCGUGGAUUGUUGUAAUCUUGUGAAACUGAAUAAAUCGAAUGCACCACAUCUGGAUUCUGAAA